AUGCUGGACAAAAACCACCAGGAUGACAAAAAAUAUCAAAUGCUAAUAGAGGAAGGAGAGGCACUGAUCAUGUGCAGUGACAAGAGCAUGAGAAUUGGGAUCACGAUGUUGGACAUGGACACAGGUGAAAACCUACUUCACAUACCAUCUUGUGCUUCACCACCGUUCGGAUUGUUGUGCUUAAGAAACCAAUUCCUCGUAGCAUCACAAAUCAACAAACAUGGGUCUGUUGGUGGCGGAUCCAUUUUUGUCUGGCCCUUGAACAAGCCUCAACCACCACUUGUGAAUUACACAGUGGAGCCCAUUGGGCCACUUUCUAGCACAAAAGAUGGCAUAUAUCUUGUGGGAGGAGCUUUGUCUGGAAAUGCUUAUAUUUGGAAUGUAACUAGUGGAAAAUUACUGAAGACUUGGUGUGCUCAUAGUAAAUCUAUAAACCACACUCUGUUUUCAGAUGACAAUUCUUUUCUUAUUUCUAGUUCAGAAGAUGGUAUGAUUUGUGUUUGGUUAAUGAUUAGUUUGUUAGAUGAUGAAGAAAUAGGAAGAUCCACUUCUUUAUUACAUUGCUUGUCAGGGCACACAUCUUCUAUAACAGGUCUUUUAACUACACCUUACAAUUGCUCCUCAAUUUUAAUAUCAAGUUCCCUUGAUGGAACAUGCAAGGUUUGGGACUUUGUCACAGGAAGCGUUAUGCAAACUCAAGUUUAUCAUGUGGCAAUCACUUCCAGUGCUCUUCACCUAGGAGAAAGUCUCUUAUUUUAUGGAACACAAAAUGGAACGAUUAUUGUCCACAAGCUUGGUGUUAGUCUAGAAGAAAGCCCUUCUAUUAUUACAACAAGCUAUCCACCUAAGUUGAAUGGACACAAUGGAGCCAUUACUUCCUUGACCACUAGUCAGACAUGCCUAAUAUCAGCCUCUGAAGAUUGCGUGAUAUGCAUUUGGAAUGUGAUCAAUGGGGAAAUCAUUCGAAGAUUCAAUCACCAAAAAGGGAAAAUAACUAAUCUCGUGGUAGUUCAACGACUCUCGGUGCUUUCUACAUCAAAACAUAAGAGAGUCUCCAAUCAAUAUGUUGUUUCUCUACUUGACAAGUUUCCUCAGUCGGUCAACUCCUCCAGUGGAAAUACCACUCCUCUUUCACUACGUCGUCUGCACAAUGAAAAACAAACUUGCACUGAUUUACAAAGUACCGGAUUAUUGAGACAGAACAUGUCUGAUUCACAGAAAGCACAAAUGCGCAUGUCCAUGGACAUGCAAAUGAAAAUGGAAACAAGUAUAAGGAAUCUUUUAUGGGCAACCGAGAUGACAAAGCAUGUCAUGGCGAUGAACAGUCAGUUGCAGUUACAACUUCUGAAUUUGAUGCAACAAAGAUUGAUUUAUCCAAAUAUAAUCCACUCUAAGAAAACUAGUAGAAAGAAGCCCAAAAUUCAGAGUCUUCUACAUGAAGAGGAAAAUCAUAAGCCUUAG